UCUGGAGAAGGGGGUGUCUGGAGGCGCCAUGUCGGGCCGGGAAGGUGGCAAAAAGAAGCCCCUGAAACAGCCCAAGAAGCAGGCCAAGGAAAUGGAUGAGGAAGAUAAGGCUUUCAAGCAGAAACAAAAAGAGGAGCAGAAGAAACUCGAGGAGCAAGCCAAGGCCGUGGGGAAGGGACCCCUGGCCACAGGUGGAAUUAAGAAAUCUGGCAAAAAGUAAGCUGUUCCUCAUAUC